AUGAUCACUGCCCACAGGAAGGCAGAUCAGAGCUCGGGGAUCCCGGAGCUGCGGGCGGCAGAGAGGCGCUGUAACCGCUGUCAGACAGAAGAGCAGUGGACCUGGGCAGACAGAGGCCCUGGGGUGGGGGGGCACAUGAUUCACGAAGGGCACCAAAGCUGGAACGGGGGGACGCUCGGGGGCGGGAGAUGCCCUGAGAAAGGUUACCCGUUUACAGGAUCCUGGCUUCAGGAGGAGAACGGAGCAAGGAGGGUGCAGGGACCUGAGGGGGCACUCGAGCUCAGGGUGAGCCCCUCUGUCCUCAGCCGCGUCCUGCAGUGGGAGCAUCUCUUCUGGAACCCCCUGCGCAGUGGCGGGCUGACGGUGUCGUCCCUCCCGCACGCCACCUGUCACGUGGAGCAGGACCCAGCCCUUUCUCACCCUGUUCCCCAGUAA